GGAGAUUCGUGGCACCAGCCAUCUCUUCUCCGCCAUGAUUCUGUGGACUCUGGGGUGUCUAAAGGAGCCAACCAAUCCUCCCAGCCAGGGUGGCAUGGAGGAUCGCGGGAAAGAUCUGACAGCGCUUCGCAGAGGGGGGCAAACGGGUGCGGCGGGACAGGCGGUUCCAAACCAUCGUCACCGCAACGGCAACAACCUCUCUCGUAAGAAUGCUUCCGUGCAGGACAAGCAGUCGGCCGAGACCCGAGAGGAAAAGAAACGCGGACAAGAAGAAGCCACAGUUCGAGGAGGAGGAUUUUCCAUCUUUAAAUCCUGAGCCUGGGAAGCAGGUGACCCAGAACAAGCAGACCGGAACCCCAACCGGAGUCUGGGAAAACCCCUCCCAGCUCCAAGCAGCCACUGAAGAUGCUGGUCAUCAAGAAGAUCUCCAAGGACGAUCCAUCUGCUUUCUCUGCUGCUUUUGCUUCUCCCAUCCCUCACCUUUCCAAUGGAAACAACAAGAGUCACCCCUCCGGGCCCAUCUACAAGAACCUCGUCCCUAAGCCCACAGCCGCCUCCUCCAAGGGCACAGCCAGUGUUACCCCACCACUGGAACUUAGCAUCUCGCGGCUUACCCGCAUGACCCGCCGUGUGCCGGACAAGAAGAGCGAAUUUCUGAAGGCCUUGAAGGACGAACAAGACGCUGACCAGACCGAGGACCGAGAUGGGGAGAAACUGGAAGAUGUGCAGAGUCAGAGUCCCUCCGACCUCAAUGAUGGGCAGCACAUGGAGGAGGGCCGCCAUCUCAACGGCAUUUCCGACUCUCAGGAAAAGGAACGCGGCCGGCUGUCUUAUUCACUGGAAGCAGAGCACAGAUUACUGAAAGAGAUGGGCUGGCAGGAGUCUCCAGAGAAUGACGACGACUGCCUUCCACUCACAGAAGAGGAGCUGCAAGAGUUCCAGAGAAAAUCCCAGCAGCUGAAAAGACCCGGCGUGGGAGAGAACGGCGUCCUCCGACAACCCCGAAGGUGCGCCCAGUUUGCAUGGCGCAGCCCUCUGACCCCCGACCCGAGCUCCGACACCGACUCCAGCAGCUCCGACACUUCAGACGACGAAUCUUGA